ACACCAUUCAGUUCCAAAUGUUCCGACAAUUCGAGCAAAUUGGAUAGUAGAAAUCCGGAACUUUUUCAGUCGAUAAAUGUGGCCAAGUCAGAAAAGAAACAAAUCCAAGAUACAUCGAGCCGUGAAUCAUUCAUGACAAAUCUUGAUGUGUUUUUCAAAGAUGAUUUGUUAAAAUCACCAUUUUUCACCUUUUCACCUAAGGAAGGAACCUUGCAACAUGUGAGUGACGAUGCUGCCAUGAAUCCAUUUACUUCAGUGAGAGAUGGAUUGAUCUGGAAUCCAUUUAAUCCAGCUGCUUCUGAGGACGAGAGUGGCUAUUUGGUACCCAAAUCAUCACAACAGUAUGAAAGAGCUGCUUUUAAUUCCGGAAACAACACACAAUCAAGAGUGUCUGAACCGAGGAAAUGGUCAUCGAGUAAUCCUUUUCAAAAGGAGAAUUUUGCGUUUGAAUUACAAUUUCCUGACGACAACAAAAUUGAAACACUCAACCCAAAAGCGUUCGAAUGCUGUCUACUGAAUUGCGAAGAAGGCGUAAUCAAGCAAUCGACUGACUCUAAAGCAGAGGAAGCUAAACAAUUUGGUCCAUGGGAAUAUGAUGACGUCAUUUCAUACAAAGGAAAUUCUGGGCGACACGUGAGAGAUGAAUUGGUCUUGAAUCCAUUUGUUCCAGCUACUUCUGAAAACGAACAGACGAAAGAGACAAAUGCAUGUCAAUAUUCCAUCGGUGGUGUUUUCGAUUAUUCAAGAAUGCGUGAACAUCAAUUACGAAAACAUGAUGAGGACGAGAGUGGCUAUUUCGUACCCAAAUCAUCACAACAGUAUGAAAGAACUGCUUUUAAUUCCGGAAACAACACACAAUCAAGAGAAAAACACCAAAGAAAGGAGCUUUCAGACAACGAGAAAGACGACUACAUUCGGAUGGGACCUGCAAGAAAUACGAAGUUUUCCUGCGAGUACAAAUCACAUCAGAAUAAAGUCGACGAAAACCAGCGACGCCAUCAAAAAGCUGAUUUAAAAUAUGACACCGUCGAAAAUACAGGAGUAUCCGACACCUGCCGUCGAAGUUUAUUGUCCCAACGCUCGCUUAGUGACAGCGCUAUAUAUAAGGAAGUCGAUGUUGACGACAGCAAGACGCGAACCUGUGGGAAGUACGAGCACAGUGAAAGAAAGCAAGUGAAAACAUCUUCCAGCAAAGAUAACAUUGAAUGUAAAGCAAAAAGAAGCCUUUGGUCUCGGUUAGCUAAAUGUAUUGUAAAAAACUCCAAACAAACAUCCAUAGAACAUGUCAAUUGGCAAACGAAGCUCGUUUGUGCAUGUGGGGGUUCAUGUGAACGAAUAGACAGUUUGGCGUUAUCAUCAGAUGGACACAUAUGGGUGUCGUUCCUCCACUGUUCCUGGGUAUCAGUGUAUGUCCACGAAUACAUUCCCGUUCGUAAGUUUGACGCUGGAUGCAUAGUUGACUGUCUAGCUGUAUCCCCGGCUGGUGUGCUUUACAUCUCUUGUCCAACGAAGAAGCAGAUUCUGAUGCUCUCAAAAAACCUCGAGUUGAUUAUAAUGGGCCAUUUCAAUAAACUGCAUCCAAGGGGUCUUGCAAUAUCCCCAAUAGAUGGAUCUGUGGUCGCCUGUAUGACGUCACAAAUGGUCGGAAACGUCAUGAAAGGUCCAUCAAAGAAUUGUCUGAUGAAAUUUCCAGGAAAAAAAGCAAACGAAAAAGGACAAGUUCUGAACAAAGAACACUUUCUAGGAUAUCCUCUGAGGCUCGCUAUCAAUGUCAAUGGAUAUAUAUUAGUUUCAGAUUUCGGUUUGAAAUGUAUUUUUGUUGUAAGUCAAGAGGGACACAUGUUGAACGUGUUUUCGACUGUGGGAGAUAGACCUUUUUGUCAGGUGCAUAGCCUUACAAGUGGAGAGUCGUUCUACGUUGUUCAUGGUGGACGCGGUCAAUUGUCUAUCACUCGACUAGGCGAAUACCGGGGCACCGUGGUCGAGACGACAACAUCGCGACGACUAGAUCCGGAUAUUUAUUGUAAAGUUAGAGCAACUGCCGUGGUACAGAAUGGUCAGCUUGCAGUCACAUCCGGAACUAUUAUCAAAUACGUUUCUCCGGAUUGAUAACUCCAUUUUUGCAGUUU